AUGGAUGAAGGGAGGCAUCCUCAGCCACAAUACCAAUGGCGAAAGGAUGGAAAGCCGCUCACACCGGACUUCUCUUCCGAUCAUUUCUACAAGAUUUUCAACACGAAGCGAGAGGAUGCUGGUCGUUAUCGGUGCGUGGCGCGCAACGCUGCUGGCUCUGUUUUCAGCGAGAACAUUGACGUCACCGUAGCAUAACGCACAGUUAGUGUUGAAAAUGGAGAAGCUGCUAUUUUGGAUUUUCCAACCAUUGAAAGUCAUCCCCCACCAUCUGUCAACUGGAUGGCUGAUGAUGGAGCAAAUUUAUAUGACCGAAAAUACGUGACAACAAUUGACAAUAAAUUUAUAAUACUUGAAGCUGAUAAACUUGAUGAGAAAGCCUAUAGAGCUCGAGCUACAAAUACAAUUUUGGGAAAGGAAGAAAAUAGCGCUUACAUUCGUUUAGUAGUUGGAGGAGAUCCAAAUCGAGAUGUUGAGCCAUCCCUUGUGGUACGACCUAAAGAUAUCAGUGUUGUCAAAGGUGAACCUCAAGCCUUACUUCAAUGUGUAGCUAAUGCAAGACCUCUUCAUUUGGUGGAAACUCUUUGGUAUAAAGACGGAAUAGCAAUUGAGACUUCAGGUAUAAGUUAUGCUUUUAGUGAUCCAUGGAAUUUGACGUUGUCAUUGGUGGGUGCUAAUCUCACCCACACGGGGCAGUAUAGUUGUCAAGCUCGUCUUCGCAGUGGAGAGUUUUCUGCACUUACUGCCUCUGCCAAUGUUGUUGUCCUCGAGAAACCGUCAUUUACAAGUACCAUGAGAACAGAGACACUUGGUGAAUAUGGAUCGACCGUCACUCUACCUUGUGAAGCUGUGGGGGUUCAAGCACCCAGUAUCACCUGGUAUCGUAAUGCUGAGCCAGUCAAUCAGCUUCCUGGAGAAAGAUUCUCAGUGAUUGAAGGAGGAUCAUUAGUUAUUCAUAAACUGCAUGUAGAAGAUCAAGGUGUUUACCAGUGUCUUGCUGCAAACGAGGCAGGGGAAGAUUCAACAUAUACAUGGCUUAAAGUUAAAACAUCUGGCCCUAUAAUGGAAACUCCUCCUCAGAAUGUUACUGUGCUUGAUGGAAAAGAUGCUACAAUUCUGUGUAGAGCAAUUGGUGCUCCUAACCCAAAUGCUUCUUGGAUUUAUGGAGAUGAUAUGCCAAUAGAGGCAUCAGGUCGAGUUCAAGUUCUAGAGAGCGGUGAUCUUCUUAUAGCGGCUGUACGAAACUCUGAUGCAGGUCCAUAUACCUGUAUUCGAACCAAUGAAGCUGGAUCAGUAGAAGCUACUGGAUAUCUCUCGGUUCUCGUGAGAACACAAAUAAUUCAGCCACCAGUAGAUACCCGAGUAUUGUUGGGACAUACAGCUACAUUGCAGUGCAAGGUGUCCAAUGAUCCAUCUGUUCCAUUUGAUAUAGCGUGGUUUCAAAAUCAUCGGAGGAUAAUUCCUGGAAGCAGUCAACGCCUGAAUAUCCAAUCCGAUGGAACAUUAGAAAUUCUUGCUGUUCGUGCAUCAGAUGUUGGUAACUACACAUGUGCUGUAAUAUCAUCAGGAGGAAAUGAAACUAGAUCAGCCAAACUGAGUGUGAUUGAGUUGCCUUACGCACCUGUGAAUGUACGGGCAGUUCGUCAAGAUACAAUGUCAAGGCGAGCUGUAAAUGUAAGCUGGACUCCUGGUUUUGAUGGCAACAGUCCCAUUCUUAAGUAUAUAAUUCAGAAAAGAGAAGUUUCAGAUUUGGUUUUAGCAACAGAUCCAAUAUUAAACUGGGUGACUGAGUUAAGUAAUGUGUCAUCUACCAGUCGAUGGGUAAUGCUGACCAACUUGAAAGCAGCUGCUAGUUACCAAUUUCGAGUUAGUGCUGUUAAUAGUGUUGGGGAAGGUUCUCCUUCAGAGCCGAGUCAUGCUGUUACUCUUCCUCAAGAACGGCCUCCUGUAGGUUUUGUGGGAUCUGCUAGGUCAUCAUCAGAAAUCAUCACUCAGUGGCAGCCUCCUCUUGAAGAACAUCGAAAUGGCCAAGUAUUAGGAUAUGUUCUUCGUUAUCGUUUGUUUGGCUAUAACGAUAGCCCUUGGAUGUCGCACAAUAUUACGAAUGAAGCACAAAGAAAUUACCUCAUUCAAGAUUUAAUUACUUGGAAAGACUAUACUGUACAGAUAGCUGCUUAUAACAACAUGGGAGUUGGUGUAUUUAGUGAUGGUGUUAAGAUCAAAACUAAAGAAGGGGUGCCUGAAGCACCACCAACUGAUGUUCAUGCUGAAGCUGUUAAUUCUACUGCAAUUAAAGUUUGGUGGAAGCCCCCUGAUCCCCAGAAGAUAAAUGGAAUAAAUCAAGGAUACAAACUACAAGCUUGGAAAGGUGAUCCAGAAGAUCGAGGAAAAGAAGCAUUAGCGAGUACAGUUCCUCCUAGUCUUCUUGAUCCUCUUGCUGAGCAAAGUGCUUUAGUAACAGGCAUCUCUAUAUCUUUAGUUCCAGAUGAAGUGGGUAGCUUGCAGUUUGAUGAAGUCAGUGAUCGAUCAGUGAAGGUGUUGUGGAGUCCACCCAAACAGUCCAAUGGUAUUUUGACUGGAUUUACUUUAACUUAUAGUGAAAAAGAUCGCCCCGAAUCAUCAAUGACACUCAACUUUACUGCUGAUACUCACAGUGUUACAAUCCAAUCACUGCAGGCUCUGACUCAUUAUAGAUUUGAAGUAGCUGCAUGGACAGCUGUAGGAGCAGGACCUAUCCGAGUAGCAACUAUACAAUCAGGCAUUGAACCUGUUCUUCCGGAACCUCCUACAAAAUUAGCUGUCUCAAACAUUGAAGCAUUCUCUGUAGUAGUACAAUUUACUCCAGGAUUUGAUGGAAAUUCAUCAAUCACCCGGUGGAUUGUUGAGGCUCAGACAGCAAGGAAUGUUACUUGGUUUACAAUUUUUGAGUUGUCAGACCCAGAUGCAACCACAAUUACAGUGACUAAGCUUGUACCAUUUAUGCAAUAUAGAUUGCGCAUUAUUGCAAGAAAUGUUGUUGGUUCAUCUCAGCCAUCUGAACCUACUAAAGAGUUUCAAACUAUUCAGGCUCCUCCAGCACAUGCUCCCAGAAAUGUGACUGUAAGGGCUAUGAGUGCCAAUCAGUUACGUGUCAGAUGGAUUCCCCUACAACAAGUGGAAUGGUUUGGAAAUCCACGUGGAUACAAUAUAACAUACAGAGAAAUUGGUGGUAGAAGUCACAGUACCACAAUAGAAGAUCAUACAGCAAAUUCUGCAAUAUUAAACAGUUUGGAAGAAUUUACAGAAUAUAUUGUCACCAUGCAAGCUUUCAAUGAUGUAGGAAGUUCAGAUGUAAGCCCAGCUGCAGUUGAACGCACCAGAGAAGCAGUUCCUGCAUCAGGGCCAAUAAAUGUGGAAGCAAAUGCAACUUCAUCUACUACAAUUGUUGUGAAGUGGGGUGAUGUUCCAAAAGAACAUCAAAAUGGACUCAUUGAAGGAUUUAAAGUUUAUUAUGGAGCAAUGCCACGUUUACCAUUUCAGUACAAGAAGAUUUCAAGCAAUUCAACUUUCACGACAACACUUACAGAACUGCGCAAAUUUGAGCAAUACCACAUACAAGUAUUGGCCUACACACGUCUGGGAGAUGGAACUCUGAGUGCACCUCCUGUUCGAGUUAGAACAUUUGAUGAUAGUAAGUACCUUCAGCUUUCUACUCACAUGCUUAAUGAAAACUGUUUCUGGCUACAUUAG